AUCUGUUGAGAACUGUCCCUAGCGGCGUUACUGCAAGUAUCAGCAACCUUGACAACCUGUGCUCCACAACUGUGACCACAUCAAACCAACAGACACAAUCUACUUGGCCCUCGUCGACAGCUUAUACACCCACAUCCGCAGUGACUGGUAUAGCCAACCUUGAACCUAGCAGCACUGAUCCAACGGCAGUCAUUGAAACCUCGUCCGAGUCAACACCUCCGCUGUCCAAUGUCGUUACGUCCGUGAAGCUGGAAAUAACAUCACUACCGACGGCAACCGAGAAAACAGGAACGAUAUCAGCGACAUGUUCAACAUGUUCCUGCAUUAAACCCACCCCGGUAGACCAGAACAAGUUGGAGGAAAGUCUCAGUAAGCUUAAAGAACAGCUACUUAUCAACCCUAAGAAGCUGUCUUCAUAUAAGCGAGCUUUGACGAGUGCCCAUGACGACCGACAAUCUGCAGCUAACAUUGGCUAUAUUGGCAUCCUCGUCCUAUGUUUGGCUCCUGGGUUCAUCAUUCUGUUAGAUAUGGGCAGGCUUAUCAGGGAGUUCAAACAAUUCAUAAUACGCCUCAGAAACUCUCAACGCACAACUGCAAAAAUUACUCCAAUCGAACGCACCUGAACACGCUUGACAAUUGCAAAUGUGAUUAUGGCAUAUUUCUCUCUCGCUGACUCCGAAGCAUUUGGCGUUUUUUGUGCAACGUGUUCUUAGUCAAUCAGCUUUCUCAAAAUCCAGACUCUUUAAUUUAAACGGAGGUAUCUUGUAAUGUAAUGUUCACUGCAUACAUAUUCAGCCGUCUUUUCCAUGUCAGAUUCCAUUUUCAUCUCUCAAUAUAUACCGUAUUUAUAUAUUUGUUUAUGUUUGUGUUAAAUCAAACUUCUAUUUUAACUUAUUCCUCUCUCGGCUUUUCACAAUUUGCUGUUGGGCACACAUUGUCUCGUCUCAGAACUAUAAGAUAUCUUACCGUCAUUUUUCUUAACGAUUGUAUAUCAAAUUUCAUAUUUUCUAUAUUAUUUCAAAUAUGAUUUUUGU